GGCCCGCAACCCGCUGAACAGACACGGCCGGAGCUGGACUACCUCCGGCUCCGGGCGAAGCGUCCCCGACGAGCGGCCCAGCGCGCGGCGCCGGGGCGCUGGCCAGCCCCGGGCACCUUCCCCCUCGGUGCGGGGCGCACACCCGCAGCACCCGCAGAGCCCCCAGCCCGGCUGACGGCGGCGGGCUCCCAGCGCCCCGCAGCCCCGCAUUCCUCCCGCGCUCCGCGGCGGGGGCGGCGGCGAGAUGGCUGCGCGGGUGGGCCUCCUGCUGUGCGCCCUGCCCUGGCUGCUGUGGGGCCGCCUGGACGCCCGGCUCCCGGAGCGCGCAGGCCGGGAGCUGCGCAGGGAGGCAGAGGCAUUCCUGGAGAGGUAUGGAUACCUCCGUGAACAGGCCCCCGAAGCUCCCUCCUCCACGCGAUUCAGCAAUGCCAUCAGGGAGUUCCAGUGGGUGUCCCAGCUGCCCAUCAGUGGCGUGCUGGACCCUGCCACCCUCCACCAGAUGACACUGCCCCGCUGUGGGGUUGCAGAUACUGACAGCCAGGCAGCCCGGACUGAGAAGGUCAGUGCUCUGUUCACUGGACGCCGGGCCAAAAUGAGGCGUAAGAAACGCUUUGCAAAGCAAGGCAACAAGUGGUACAAGCAACACCUCUCCUACCGCCUGGUGAACUGGCCUCAGCACCUGCCCGAGCCUGCAGUUCGGGGGGCCGUGCGUGCCGCCUUCCAGCUGUGGAGCAACGUCUCGGCGCUGGAGUUCUGGGAGGCCCCAGCCACAGGCCCUGCUGACAUCCGCCUCACCUUCUUCCAAGGGGACCACAAUGACGGGCUAAGCAACGCCUUCGACGGCCCAGGGGGCGCCCUGGCGCACGCCUUCCUGCCUCGCCGAGGCGAAGCGCACUUCGACCAGGACGAGCGCUGGUCCCUGAGCCGCCGCCGCGGGCGCAACCUGUUCGUGGUGCUGGCGCACGAGAUCGGCCACACGCUCGGCCUCACCCACUCGCCCGCGCCGCGCGCGCUCAUGGCGCCCUACUACAAGCGGCUGGGCCGCGACGCGCUGCUCAGCUGGGACGACGUGCUGGCCGUGCAGAGCCUGUAUGGGAAGCCCCAGGGCGGCUCUGUGACUACCCAGCUCCCAGGAAAGCUGUUCACUGACUUUGAGGCCUGGGACCCCCACAGAUCCCAGGGAAGGCGCCCCGAAACCCAAGGUCCUAAAUAUUGCCACUCUUCCUUUGAUGCCAUCACUGUAGACAGGCAGCAGCGACUGUACAUUUUUCAAGGGAGCCACUUCUGGGAGGUGGGAGCUGAUGGCAAUGUCUCAGAGCCCCACCCGCUGCAGGAAAGGUGGGCCGGGCUGCCCCCCAACAUUGAGGCUGCCGCAGUGUCACUGGAGAAUGGAGACUUCUACUUCUUCAAAGGGAGCCGAUGCUGGAGGUUUCGGGGCCCCAAGCCAGUGUGGGGCUCUCUACAGCUGUGCCGGGCAGGAGGCCUGCCUCGCCACCCGGACGCAGCCCUCUUCUUUCCUCCUCUGAGCCGCCUCGUCCUCUUCAAGGGUGCCCGCUACUAUGUGCUGGCCCCAGGGGGGCUGCAGGUGGAACCCUAUUACCCCCGAGGCCUGCAGGACUGGGGUGGUGUCCCUGAAGAGGUCAGUGGUGCCCUGCCCCAGCCAGAUGGCUCCGUCAUAUUCUUCAGGGAUGACCGCUACUGGCACCUGGAUCAGACCAAACUGCGGGUGACUGCCUCGGGCCGCUGGGCCGCAGAGCUGCCCUGGAUGGGCUGCUGGCAUGUGAACUCGGGGGGCGCCCUGUUCUGAAGGCACCCCCACCUCAUAGUGAACAUUGGGUGCUCUCAUGGCCAACGUGUGUCCCCUGCCCCAGGGGCAGAGCCUGUCUUGGAAGCCUCUGAGCCCCCCUGCAAAAGACCCAGCAGAGAAGCUGGUCUGCGUUUGUUCCCUGGAGAAUGUGGCUCUCAUUGUCUGGGCGCUGUUCCCCAGGACAUGGAAGUGGGGCCGGGAUCAACCCCAGGAGAAGCCAAAAAGGGUCCCAGACUCCACAGCCUUUUCCCCAAGGACCCUUCCUUCCCUUGGGCCUGGGGAUUUUGUUUUUUCUGCUAAAGGUGCAGGUCCUGUCUAUGAGGCAGCAGCACUGGGCAACAGGGAGGAUGCAAAUCUCAGCAGAGAGAUUGGGACCACUUUGCAAGACUGUUGCCUUCCCCUGAGGACCUUCCGGCUCAGUUCUUGGAGAAUUGUGUCAUAUUUAACAGAGGCCCCGUCCCCAGAAAGCCUGGAUGGGUUGGGUACGAGGGUCUCCCACCUCGAGGCCCUGAGUGGGGUCAGGACCCAGAGUAGGAGGGAGACAGAUGUAGUGCAGCUCUUUGUGGGAGGCUGGAAUAGAGGGGUCCCCAGCUGGUGGGCCUGGAGGCACAAACCAGCCUUCUCUGGAAAAGCUUCCAGGGAGAGCAGGUGGGCAUGGAUGCUGGUGAGAUGGAGACUGUUCUUUCUUCUGAUCAAGCCAGGACCGGCAGGCUGUGUGUGAGAGAGUGAGUGAGUGUGUGUGUGUGUGUGUGUGAUGGGAAGAGGAAGCCUACCUCUCCUCAAAAAGCUAAAUGUCCUUGUCCCCUCCCCUCCCCACUCAGGCCAGAUGGAGAAGCCCCUGUGGCAGGGGGAGGGCAGGGGCCUCUCUGGGGGGCCUCACUGCUGCCCGCAGGCGCUGGGGGCUCUGCAGGCUGGGGGAGGCUUGGGUUCACAGUGGCUCCAUCCUCCAGGCCACACACACAGCAUUCCAGGCGCUCCUCCUGGCUGGUCGGGAAUAGCUGGGAUUCCUACAGAAGGAACCAGCUCCCCCUGGCACUCUGCCUUCGGCCUCAGCCAGCCUCAGGGCUUUAGCAUCUGGCUCUGACCCUCCCCCCUCCCCCCUGCCGGGGCGCAUUUGCACCCCCAGGGCCCUCCGCACAUUGACCUCAGCCAGACCGGGGCUCCAGGGGACUGGGAGAAUGGUUUGGCAAAGUGCAGCCCUCAGCUUCCCACGGGCAUUCCUGGCCCUGUGCCUUCAUUUUUUCCUCUGCGCAGCGGGGAAAAUGACCUUUGACUGCCCUUGGGUGCCUGUGUUUUUGCUCCGCCCAGUCCUUGGGGAGGCGGAGGGAGGAGGCUCUACGCCUGCCCGUUUCCCUCCGGCUUGAACUUCUGCAGAAGGGAAGGCGGGUCACCUUCACCAUCCUCACCAGGGCCUCCUCGCUCCCGCCUCAAGGCACUGACACUUUGCUUGCAGCUUUAUUGACUGAUUUGAGGGAAAGAGCAGGUUUCUCAGAGGGGGCAGGGAACCCGGAGGUUAGGUUCUCUAGGGGGCGAUGCCCGAAGAACCUGAAAUACCCAAGAGAUGAAUGUGAGGCUCUGCCAGGGUGGCCAGCAGGCACUGGGUGAUGCCAGGGGAUGGGGGCCCCCGGGGCACUAUGGGAGGAAUGGAGCUCCAGGUGACCGGGGCUCUGCAUUGGGUGGGCGACAGAUGACUGGUGGCACCGUCACAUGGACGGUGGGCCUGCUUGCCCGCGGGGGGCGCUCUGGGAGCGCGGCUCUGAGCAGGGGCAGCUCUGGGAUGUGCUGAGAGCGCUCAGCGUCAGGGACAGGAGAAAGCUGCGGGGAGUCAGGGGUCAGGAGAGGAUGGGGGGCACAGAGGCGUUAAGUGGGGGCGCUCCGGGGGCCCCCGGCAACCCCCGCCCCGCCCGAAGCCCGCGCCUCACCCAGAUCCGGGUGCUCCAGAAUGCAGUGCGCUACGUAGGCCGGGUUGCUGUGCAGGGUCCUGCAUUUCUUGCAAAAGAGGAUCUCGCAGAGCUCGCAACCCCCGCCGCUCGGUGGCGGCCCCUGGGUCUGCAGCACACACGGCUCCUCCGGGAGGUUCCGCCUCCUGCGGGCGGACACCCGGACGCUCAGGGCGCCGCGCCGGCCCCGCCCGCCGGGUCCCGGGGCGCGCCCGCCCUCACCUGUCCGCCGGGGCCGCGGGGCCGCGGAGCAAGGCCAAGGGCAGGAGCCAGCCCCAGAAGCCGCUGUCCGCGCGCCGCAGCAGCGCCACCUGCUGGGCGCUGGGCUCCUGGCGCAGCGGGCUGUAGGCCACGCUCCCCCCGCGGCCCUCGGCGUCCUCCGCCUCCCGCCGCUCCGCCUCGCCCGCGGCCGCACUCUCCGGCGGCUGCCUCCCCUCGUCUUCCUCCUCCGACCCCUCCUCCUCCGCCUCCUCCUCCCGGACCCCCGGCUCCUCCGGCUCCUUCUUCCACAAGGGGGUCUUCACGCCUGCGGGCGGGAGGAGAGAAGGUCGUACCCUGACUCUUGUGCCCACAACCCCACUCUUCCCCACCCCCACCUCCCCGAAAAAGGCACCUCAAGGAUGGUGCGUACGCAGGAGCCAGCAGGACUCCAAGAGAAAGUUAGCGCGUCCAGGAUUCCCGGGCCAGGCCGGGGUCUGCCUGGCUGCACCCCCCACCCCACCUGAUUGCCCCGGUGUCUGCGCUUCCUGGGACUGAGGAUUGAGACAGGCCGUUUGCUCGUCUGUGAAAUGGGAGAGUAGUGCCUCUUUCAGGGUUGAUGUGAGGCAGGUGUGAGAUCGCCGAGUGCCAGGCGCCCACGCGGGCUUGGCCAGCGGGAAGCAAUGAACAGGAGGCAGCCAGGAGAGUUCCGAACCUGGCACCAGUGAGGGCUCAUCGCCUUCUCUCUAACUGGCUCUAGGGUGGGUGCUGGUCCGUGGCCAUCAAUAAACAUGGUGUACUGGCUGGAAUCCCAA